AUGUCGCCCUCGAAGCGGCUCGAAGACAAAGUCGCCGUGAUAACGGGCGCGUCGUCGGGGCUGGGCCGCGCCAUCGCGCUGGCGUUCCACCGCGAGGGCGCGCAGGUCAUAGUCGCGGACUUGCAGGAGUCGGUCGAUGGCAAGGUCAGCACCGCCAAGGCUAUCAGUUUGAACGGGGGGCGCGCGCGCUUCGUCCGCACGGACGCGACGUCGCAUUUUGAUAUGGAGAAUCUGAUUCGCCGGACUGUGUCGGAGUUUGGGAGGGUUGAUAUAUAUAUCAACAACGCGGGCGUGCCGGGCGACCUGUUGCAUCCGCGGCCCAUCUGGCAGGCCGACGUCGAGACGUGGGACGAGACGUUUGCGGUUAAUGCGCGCGGCGUCAUGCUGGGGUGCAAGUACGCGGCGGCGCAGAUGAUAAAACAGGACCCGCAUCCGAGCGGCGACCGGGGCUGGAUUAUAAACAUAGCGGACGCGUACGGCCUCCACGGGAAGCAGUCGACUGCGAUUUAUUCCGCGUCCAAGCACGCUGUCGUUGGCCUCACGAAAAGCGUUGCUUUGGACUGCGCGCCGUUUAGAGUCCACUGUAACGCUAUAUGUCCCGGGUACCUCAGGACACCUAUGACCGAAACAAUUUUCACAGACGAUAGAAAUUACCCUUUCCGCGGGCUCGGCCUCCCCGACGACGUAGCUAAGGUAGCCGUAUUUUUGGCUAGCGAGGACAACACGUGGAUGACGGGCUCUGCCGUCGAGGUCGAUGGCGGAUACAAUGCUUUGUAA